AUGAAAGACGGAUCGUUCAGUUACUUACAUCUUUCCAACCCCAACAUAGCUACAUACAUCGAAACAUGGCACAAUGAGCCAAUGCCAUUUGAUGAUAUCGAACCACCACAAAUUAACAACACCAAACACAACAAUGGUAACUUCAAGAAUGGAGGAGAGUUGCCGCUGCUGUUGGACAAUGACGAUGAAGACCCACUUCAUGGUACGCAAGUCUUUGGAGCAGGUACAAAUGGUGGUGCUAGUACAGGACGAGGUAGAGGAUUGACAGGAGUUGGUGGUUCAAGUGGUGCUGCUGGUGUUGAUGUGUUUGCACGCACUCAGUGGAUGGAUUUACGAUUACAUGAGGUGUUCAAAGAUGAUAUUAAGAGGUUUCAGGAUUUAACAAUAUUACCCAGUAUUGAAAAAAAGGAUUAA